AUGAACAUCUUUGGUAAGGACGUCUUCUUCAUGAGGAGCUAUGAUGCGAGCCUUCAGGAUGUGGAGGACUUUGCUGAGGAGCAGUUCCCUAUGUAUGUGGUGUCCGUGGAGACCGCAUUGCUCAUGCAGGAGCUGAUGCCGCACGAGGCGCUUCUGAAAGAGGGGAUGCUCCUGGAGUUUGAAGACGACCGGGGGCAUGCCAUGUUUGUUUCGCAUCAGUGGGCUGGUGAGCACCAUCCCGACCCUGGGAUGGCCCAGUUCAAGGAGCUUCAGGUGUCCUUGAGGAACGUGAUGGCAGGUACCAAGAUGAUCUCAGGUACUGCCUUCGAGCUCUAUUCUGGGCAGCAAAGCGUGAUUUCCUCCGAGGAGCUCUUGAUUCAGCCUCUAUUCCUUUGGUACGACUUCUUCUCUUGUCCACAGUGGUCCGACAGCCAUCGGGCACUGGCCAUUGGCUCCAUCCCUGCCUACGUCGAACGCUGCCGGUUUUUCGUGGCUCUUUGCCCCCCUAUUUGGCAUUCGGCGUCGGGGAAGCCUCUCACUCGAAAGUCGUGGACAGAUCGGGGAUGGUGCA